GGGUGAGCGGCACUGGAAGAGCUCAUUCGGCCCAAGCAGAGCGUGUAGGCAGUUACUCCUCAAGCGAGCAGGCAGACAGGUCCUGGCUUGAGAGUGAGAAACUGAAGAAAUAUCUGGGCGUGGACAAUGAUCGGGAAAUCUUACUUCCUCCUGUCACUUCUCCAAGUUGGACUGUCACGUGAGCAGAAAAUCAACACUCCAGGAGAGGUGACAGCGCAGGAAGGUUCGUGUGUACAGAUUCCAUGUCAUCACAGUUAUUCAUCACAUUUGAAAAACCAAUCGCAAGAUGGAGUCUGGUUUAAUAAAAAAGGAGGAAGGUCAUCUGUAGCCUUUCACUCCAAGGAUCACAGUCACGAGUUACCACGGUUCCGCCAUCGGACCCGGCUGUCUGGAGACCUGAAAGAUGGUGACUGUUCCCUGAUUAUAAACAACAUCACAUGGGAAGAUGCAGGGCCUUAUUAUUUUAGAAUAAGAUCUGGCAACAAUAAAAGCUCCAAAUACUCUGCUGUAACCCAGCUUCACGUUUCUGAUUUCACAGAUAAACCCACGAUAUUCCCUGCUGAAAUUAUUGCAGGAAAGUGUGUGGAUGUAAGCUGCACCUUCAACACAACGUGCAAUGGAACAGCAGCACCUGUCUUAACCUGGGACACUCCCACUGACGUACCUGGAUCAGUCUCAAACACUGUAACUCAGCAUGGCGUCACUCUGACCCAUACUUCUGUUCUGACCCUGAUCCCAUCACUCAACCACAAUGGACAAACUCUCAGCUGCAGAUUGAGAUAUCCAUCUGUUUCAUCGGAGCGGACCCUCACACUAACUGUGCAAUCUGCAGCCUCCAACGAAUGGAAAGCAGGAUUGCUUGGAGCUGGAAUCUGUUUGAGUGUUGGACUGAGUGGAUUCUUCAUCUUCGAGUGUGUGAGAAAAAGGAGCAGCACAGGAAGAAGUCAUUCAGUCCAAGCAGAGCGUGUGGGCAGUUACUCAGCAGGCGAGCAGUCGGACUGGUCUUGGAAGAAAGAUGAGAUGUAUCUGGAAAUGAAACCUAACUGCGUGGUCAAUCCUUAUACAGAUUCGGAUAUUUACAAAAGCUGUGUUUUAUCCGAUGAUCCUGUUUAUGUGAAUGUAUAAACUGAGUAAGAGUGAGACAAAAGCAGUGUGGGAAGAUCAUUCGAAACUUUCUAGAAGUUUACCUUCCUAAAAAGCACAGGAAGUCACCCCAAAAGAAAUAAUUUUAAAACUCUUGUUUGGAGUCAUUCCUAGCACAAAGGAAGAUAGUUGUGGUAGUUGGAGGUCAAUCAUCUCAGCUCCAGAACAUCGUUGCAGGAGUUCCUCAGAGUACAA